CGGCCCCCACCCCUCCGCCUUAUGGCAGGCAGCGGCUGCAGCUUGGAAGCACUGAAGCACACGCAUCACCACCCCAUCGUCGUCUCCACCGCCGAUCCCCCACCUCGCGCCACCCCGAUGGCCGGCGGCGGCAGUGGAGGCGGGGACAUCGGCGCCGACUCGGAGCGGCGCCUCAAGAAGACCAUGGACAAGCUCUACCACUUCCCCAAGCCCAAGCCCAACAACCCCAGCACCGGCGGCUCCAAGCCCCCCUCCUCCUCGGCCCUAGCUCCAAGCUCCGCGAGGGCGGCGCAGGCGGGGAGGAGGUUCGGUGUGGUGCGCGGGUCGCGGCUCCCGCCGCAGGUGGCGGCCAUGGCGGCGAUCUCGCCGCCGCCUCCAUGCCGUCCCUGGGACCGGGCCGACCUCAUGUGCCGGCUUGCGUCAUUCAAGGCCAUGACCUGGUUCGCCAAGCCCAAGGUUAUUAGUCCUGUUAAUUGUGCAAGAAGAGGAUGGACUAACAUUGAGCCUGACAUUAUAACAUGUGAAGCUUGUGGGGCACGACUCCUGUUCUCCACUCCUUCCUCGUGGACAACACAGCAAGUUGAAAAGGCUGCUGCUGUUUUCAGCUUGAAGUUGGACACUGGACAUAAACUACUGUGUCCCUGGAUUGAUAACAUAUGUGAUGAACCACUUGCCUUAUUUCCACCAACGCCUCCUCCUGUUUUAGUUGAGAACUACUACAAAUCUUUCUCCUCUCUGCUACGACUUUCAGCACUUCCAAGAAUUUCGUGCUCUUCUCUGGAGAUCAUGAAAAAGAGGAGUCCACUGCUAGAGCAGUUCCUAUCAGAACCGUUAUCUUCAUCAGUUGCCCUUAAAGGGGGGUUUGUGCUUACUGAAGACUCAACAAUCAAGGAUUUAGAUGACUCUUUUCAAGAUGCUGACACAUAUUAUCAGGCUCUGAAGAUAAUAAGUUUGUGUGGAUGGGAACCCCGCCUACUUCCUUAUGCUAUCGAUUGUGGAACCAAAUCUCAUUCAGAUGCCAACUCUACCUCUAAAUUGGCCCAACCAGAGCAAAUAAGCAAGACCAUGGAGGAUCGGGUCAUACUUUACUCACCUAAUGAUGUUAAUGGUGCUCCAGCACCUGCAGAUGCUAAUCAAGAAGAUCAGCAUUAUGAUCCAUUAUCAGUUGUUUUAGAUUGCCAAUUUUGUGGAGCAUGUGUUGCCUUGUGGCCUUUUUCGCUUGUAGAACGACCUCUUCAACUCUUUAAGCUGAUUUCAGAUUCUAAUAGACAAGAUGAUCAGGAUAAUGGACAUGUGAACCUAGUCGGUGGACUAAAUUCAAAGGAUGCAAACAUUGGUUUUAAUUUCACCAUUGCCGGUGGUCCUCCACCGACUAGACAGAGUUUCCGACCAAAAGUUUCAUUUCCUGUUGUCAGUCGACAUUUGAAAGCUGACUUGAACUCCCGUGGGACAUUGUUUUCCUCUGGAAGUGAUAGCCACAUGGUUCCUGUUGCUUCACAUGUCUCAGGUCCCAUGAAACGCAAAAGAAGCAUGGAUCAGCCUCAUAUGUUGGAAGGUGAUAAUACAACCUCCAAUAUUGUUAAUACAUCCACCAUAGGAGCAAAGCAUGACCAGCCAGGAGAUAAUUCUGAAAAGAGCUUAGCAAACUCGGAGGUGAGCACUGAACCAAAACAAGACUGCUCACAUUCAGACAUAAAUAAGGAUACCAAUAUGGAUGAGGCUUCCAAUGAAGAACCAGAAACUCUUAAUGGCGAGUUCAGGGUCAGACAUGGGUCAGAAUCCGACUUUCUGCCAGUUCAGUGUGCAAGUGAAGAACCUCUUAAUGGCGAGAAAUUUGUAGAGACAGAUGCAAACAACUCGAAGCCAACUGAGGUUGGCACAAUCACAAAAUCAUUUGUCAAUAGGGAAAAAAGUGCAUAUGGACCAUCAGGAAAACAAGGGCUGUAUGACAGAAUGAAUGAGUUCGAUCCUAUGAAGCAGCACCGGACAUUCUGCCCUUGGAUUUCCCCUGAUGAUGGUGAACCCUUGCCUGGAUGGAGGCUGACUCUCUCGGCGUUACAUGCUGAGGAUAAAAGAUCUGAUGGGGACUCGCAACUGGAGGUUCAGAUCAGCCUUCUCGAUGAGGAGGAUGAUCCUAUUGCAUCUGUUAGGAAGCUUUUCAUGACACCACCUCCCAAAAAGCUGAGGAUACACCAAUCAGAGAAGAGCUGAAAACUGUAAGCUAUAUCAAGGGACACAACCAGACUGCCAGAUCGAUGGAAAGUUGGAAACCUUUAUGCUGAACGCUGUGCAAUGUACAAAUGUUCGAGGCAGGAGCAGGGAUAGGAUUUGUCGCUUGAUCAACUGUUCCAGACUGAUACCGCCAAACGACAUUGGAGUCUUGCUGUAACGACCAUUGAGUUUUCACUCCUUUUUUGGGUGGUUAAAGAAUUCCCAUUUGAUGCCUCUGCGCAUGUACACCCUGAUUUUGUAGCUUAGUAAUGUAAUGUAAUGUUAUAUUGCUGUACAAUCACCUGUGAACUGUUAAACCCUGGAAGAAUUUUGAUCAGCGAAA